AUGGUGCACCUGGAAACGAAAGUGGAGGAGCUUCGAUGGAGGGUGAUGUCAGACCCGUCGUCACAGGUCCUGUAUGAAGAGUUGGUAAAGAGAGAGACUCCAUCAGGCUUCCUGUCGGGGUUGGUCAAGUCGAGAAAGGCGAAGACGGAAAUAGCGGAGUUAAGUUUCAAAGGGAUACUGAGGAGGGGGGCAAGUGAGGUGUUGCAUGCAGCCUCUGAAUACUUCCGCGAGGCUUAUGCGGCUUCACCUCUGUCCUCCCAAAAGGAGUUGUGGUUGAUCAUGGAAGGGAGGAAAUUGCAGGAGAGUGACCAAUCACAGCUGGAUAAGGAGUGGACGGAGCAGGAGGUGAUGGCCGCGCUCAAAGGACUACCAGUAGGAAAGGCACCAGGACAAGAUGGGCUACUGAAGGAGUUCUUUGAGAGAAACUGGGAGCUGCUUAACCCGGCGGUGAUGCGAGAGGUCAGGGACUUUGAGCUGACAGGCAAGCUCUCGGAGUCCUUCACGACGGCGGCCACAAUCCUGCUGCACAAGAAAGGCGACAGAGAAAAUUUGAGCAACUACAGGCCGAUUACACUACUGAGCUUUUCCUACAAGUUGCUGGCGAAGGUGUUGGCGAACAGAAUCAAGGCGGUCUUACCACGGGUGAUUGCGGGUAACCAGUUUGGCUUUCUCCCAGGGAGAAGUCUUGCUACUGCGGUCUCGUUGGUGGCUGAUACGAUUGAUGCGGCAGAGCAGGAGGAUGAGGGCUGGCUGCUGUUGUUGGUGGACUUCCAGAAAGCCUACGACUCUGUGUCGCGGAAUUACCUAUUCACAACACUGGACGACAUGGGCUUCCCGAGGAAGUUCACCGGAUGGGUGAAGGGUCUUCACGAUGGAGCGGCAACCAGGGUGCUGCUGAAUGGAUGGAUGGGGGAGCGUGUGGAGAUGGACAAAGGCGUGCGACAGGGUUGUCCACUCGCCCCGUACCUCUUCCUUUGCACGGCUGAACCACUCUGCCAAGAGAUAGAACGGAGGAGAUUGGGGGUCAGGAAAAGAGGCGUGAAAGGGGAGUUAGCAUACAUCGGGUAUGCAGAUGAUACGACUCUGGUCUUGAAAGGGAAAGACCAAGUGGAGGCAGCUCGGAAGUUGCUGGAAGACUUUGCUGGGCUCUCGGGGUUGAAGGUGAACAGCGACAAGACAACACUAAUGCCGUUGGGGAAGAACAAGAGAAGGUUGCAGCCGACAACGUCGCCUUUUACGUGGGCUGACAAAGAUAGGUCGGAGCGGCUCCUUGGGAUUUGGAUCACAUCAGGAGGGUCAUCUGGGCCUGCGUGGGACAAAGCUUUCGAGAAGAUUAGUGCGGUUUUAAGCUGGUGGGAGACGAAGCAUCUUAAAACGUCAGCACGGGUUACAAAAAAUCAACAGCUACGCGAUGCCGAUCUUACUGUUUCAAGCACAGAUAUACGCCCCGCCGCACGACAUCUGGACCAAGGUGAAGCGGUUGUGUCACAACUUCAUCUCUGGCGGGAAAGCGCUUCUCGAUAG